AUGGAUUCAACUAUUCACACAGUUGCUUCGUCCGAAAUGAUUUCCACUUCAUCUAUCGCGGCCAAUCGUAGUGCCUCCGUAGCAACAAAAUCACCUAUGGAAGUCAUUGCUCGUCUAGAGCGACAAAUUAGCACACUGAAUCUCCUGGUAGCUCAAUACCAAGCUUCUUAUCCAAAUCAACUACCCGAUGCUCGCCAAAAGGGGCCCAUGCCACCUGUGUAUCCGACUUCGACUCCAACGGUAACAUAUCACACUCUGCCAGUGUACACUUAUGUCACUGCUCCACCUGUUACCAAGAUUCUAGAGUUUCACUACCCAAAUGUUAAUCACUACGUUAAAAUUGAGGGUGAUGGAAAAUCAAUUGAUGCUGAAAUGAUGAACAAUAAGAUGAAAAGCUUGGAAGAUGCUAUAAGAGGUCUUCGUGGGUUCGAUAGUAGCCAGAGUGUUAGAUACGAAGAAUUGUGCACAUUUCCUGAAGUUGAGUUGCCACCUGGUUACAAGAUACCUAUGUUUGAGAAGUUUAGUGGAUCAGGAAAUCUGUUCUUUCACUUGAAAAUUUAUGAUGAAAAGUUGAUUAGCGUUGGGAACAACGAAGGGAUAAGAAUCAAGCUAUUCGAUCAAAGUCUGACUGGAAAAGGGUUGGAGUGGUACUCUAAGCAAGAUAAGACCAAAUGGCGUACUUAG